AUGAAGCAAUCCCAUGUUCUUAUUAGCGCCAUCGCCUUAUGGUUGCCCAGCUCUUCGGCUGACCUACUUCGUUGCUGCCGACCAGCCCCGAACCGACCAGCAAUCUGUGAUGAAUAUGAUGGUGGUCCUGCUUGCAAUCCGUACCCAGAAUGCAAUCUCUGUACUACACAUCAAGAAGAAUGUAGUCUUAUGUCUGUGUCCACUCCUAUCUUUAGCUGUGACAACACCAAGGCUUGUUGCAGUGUUGCGGACCCGAGCUUUAAGCCAGUUGCCAGUUCCAGGACUUGGGCCGAACAGUGUGAUUUUGUGGCCGCUGCGACCGGAAAUUCCUUUGUGAACUGCCAAACUCCUGACAUCUUGCCCACAGAGGGGACAGGAGUAAAUACUGGGGCACCUGUCAAUGCAGGCAUGAUGGAUGACCCACACAUUCAGACUUGGAACAACACUUGGUUCGACUGGCAUGGUGAAUGUGACACUGUUUUAGUACAUGUACCUGACUUUGACAAUGGAGAUGACUUGACUAUUCAUGUCCGCACUACCAUCCGAUAUGCCUAUUCCUUCAUUGAAAUUGCAAUCCUCACUCUUGGGAGCCUUGUGUUUGAAGUUGCUGGUUGGGGUCAGUAUGUGCUCAAUGGUGUUGCCAAUGCUGACCUGGAUGGUUUUCCCAUCACUGUGGCCAAAAGUGACACAAAGCAACACAGAUUUCAAGUAAAGAUUGGCAGCCACAACAAUGAAACCAUUGUCUUCGGUACCUUCAAAGAUAUGGUUUCUGUCAAGAUCCACGGUGCCACCAAGGAGCACUGGGCCAGGAGUGUUGGGAUCAUGGGCAGUUUUGAUGGAAAAUUGUUGGCCCGAGAUGGUGUAACUGUGAUGGAAGAUACCGAUGCCUUUGGGCAGGAGUGGCAGGUUCAACCAUAUGAGGCUUCGUUGUUCCAGUUAACAAGAGAACCCCAGGCUCCCCACAAAUGUAUCCUUCCUGCUGACAAGAUGGCAAAGAAGAAUUCAAGAAGACUGGGUGAGCAAAGCAUCAGCAAGGAGGAAGCUGCCAGUGCUUGUGCUUAUCUUGGAGAGUCUGCGAGGAAAGAGGCUUGCAUGUCUGAUGUUAUUGCUGUGGGUGACUUGGACAUUGCCAAAGCCAGUGACUAUUAG